AUGAGCGGCUCGCCAUCGUCAAAGAAGCUGUCUGCGCCAAAGACAGGUCCUGCUGACCAGACGCUCGCUUACAAUGCCGUCAAUCCAGAGAUACAGGCGUUGAUCAGGCAGAAGAGCAUGGAGGGACGCUACAACGUCAAUCGAGGCUAUCAAAGCGCCUCGCUUCUCGAGACGACACGCUACGCCAAUCGCUCGCUUCAGGCCAGCCAGUCGGCACCCGUGCUCAGCUUUGCGCAAGGUCAUCAGCCUUCGAAUGGAACGCGCGGUCUGUCCAGACGAGAUGUGAACAUUCUGCCGCCAGCCGAGAGAUCCGCACAUGCCAUAUGGCAGUCCGAAGCGAGCAUACGAGCAGACGUCGUGCUCAACACCAGUAAAGCCGCAGAGCUCAGACCCUACUGGCAGAUCAAAUCCAUCGAAGAGGAAAGGGACGCGCGCCUGGCUGCACAACCACAAGAUGCGAGCGACGAGACAGGCACGGAUGGCUUCGAUUUGAGCGAGAUCGACAAUUUCGAAGCUGUCCCUCUAUCGAGCGAAGCCCUGCCAGCGCAUGCGCUCAAGCGCACGAGGCAGGCAGAGUCAAACGACUUGCCUUGGUCCGAUGAAGCAAUGGACGUCGUCAAAGACGCGCAAAUGCCACCGAGACCGAUGCGCUCACUUGGCAAACGCGCCUUACGACCUACCCAGAGCAUGCCGGCCAGCGUCUUCGACUCACACUCCGCAGAGCCAUGGGCAGCGCAGGAUUUUUCGCGCUAUGCAAGAGAUCAUCACUUCUGA